GUUGUUUACCUAAUAUAUACCGUUAUCGAUCGAAUGGUACUUUUUGAAUAAAUUCUUAAAGACAAGCGUCUGUUAGACGACUUAUUGUGAUAUUAUUUUUUUCUAACGAAAUUGAAUUACCACGAUAAAGUAACAGUAAUUUAAAAGUAUAACAAUUCAUUACGAGUGAAAUCAAGGUAAUAUCUGCGCGGGACUAUUGUAAAUUUAUACGUCAUUGAAGUUGAAUGUAAAAUUCACGUGACUCCUUAAAUUUACGUUGCGAUUUACGACAUUCUGUGAUUAUGAUAAAAAGGAAAAUGGUCCACAACAUAGUACAGAAACAUUAAAGGAAGAAUUCAAUCCUACUGGUUAGAAUUCUUCUAUUUUUGCAAAGAAGUCAUUCCAAAUUAGUGUUCUAUGUUUCAACUAUUAGAUCAAUAUUUUAUAGAACAUCAACAUAUUCGAUAUAAUCCCUUGAAGGGAGAAUGGGUACUAGUGUCACCGCAUCGAUUGAAGCGACCAUGGGGAGGGCAUAUCGAACCAAGUAUAGAGGAAGACGUUCCAGAUUACGACCCUGAUAAUCCGCUUUGUCCAGGCAAUGUUAGAGCCAGCGGGCAGAUAACUCCAAUAUAUGAAAACACAUAUUCGUUCGUCAAUGAUUUUCCUGCAUUAUUAGAAUCAGUUCCUAGUCCAUCAGUGUCGGAAGAUGAACUGUUUCAGAUGGAUUCUGCCAGAGGCACAUGUAAAGUAAUGUGCUUUCAUCCAAAAUCGAACAUAACAAUAGCCCUUAUGAAAGUGUCUGAAAUCAAGGAAGUUGUUAAACGAUGGAUAUUUGAAAUGCUUGAAUUGGGAGAUAAAUGGACUUGGGUGCAAAUUUUUGAAAAUCGUGGUGCUUUAAUGGGAUGUAGUAAUGCACAUCCACAUUGUCAAAUUUGGGCCAGUUCUUUUUUACCAAAUGAAGCCAAAAUAAAAGAUAGAUACCUUAGUGAUUAUUAUAAUCGUAAUAAGAAACCACUUCUCAUUGAUUAUGUGCAGAAAGAGCUUCUCAAAAAGGAGCGCGUUGUAUUGGAAAAUCGAGAUUGGGUAGUCUUAGUGCCAUUUUGGGCAGUAUGGCCAUAUGAAACUAUGGUACUGCCUAAAAAACAAGUAUCCAGAAUGCAGGAUUUAACGGAAAGUCAGCAAGAAUCACUGGCAGUUAUUAUGAAAAUAUUAUGUACAAAAUAUGAUAAUUUAUUCAGUUGCUCUUUUCCCUAUUCUAUGGGUUGGCAUGGUGCACCGACUGGCCCAUAUUCCAAAGAGGACUAUCCUUAUUGGACUUUUCAUGGUAUCUACCUACCUCCUUUAUUACGUUCUGCAAGUAUAAAGAAACAUAUGGUUGGUUACGAGCUCCUCGCACAAGCUCAAAGAGAUUUAACACCCGAACAAGCGGCUGAGAAAUUACGAAGUCUAUCGGAUUCUCAUUUCAAGUAUCCAGAAACAAGUUUAACUAGUUGCGAAGUGGAAGAAUAUUCCAAAUAAAUGAAUUCGCUUUAUAUACGACAAUAUAUUUUUAUAGGUGUAUAUGUUAUUGGCAUAUACAUUAUUUAUAAAGCCAGAUAUCACUGAACUAUGGGCACAUAAACUUUAUGAAUAAAAAGCAUAAUAAAUAUAACAAAUGAACAUAA